GUUCCCUCCUGGGUGAAAUAGGUCCAGACACUGCUCUCCAGGUUCUAGGGAGUUCUAGGAAGGGGAGGGGCCCUGUGGCAGUUCUGUCCCAAGCAGGCCCUGGAGGGUGCUAAGGACUGCGGGACCUGACUCGGGGCACUUUGUAGAGGUGACAUUCUUCUGAGGCCCGAAGGAGGAGGAGGAGGCCUGUAGAAGUUUGGGCGCGCUGACUCGGCUCCCCGGACCUCAGCAGGAUGGAAGAGAAGCUGAAGAAAACCAAGAUCAUCUUUGUGGUGGGAGGGCCCGGCUCAGGGAAGGGCACCCAGUGUGAGAAGAUUGUCCAGAAGUACGGCUACACCCACCUCUCCACCGGGGACCUCCUGCGGGCCGAGGUCAGCUCGGGCUCGGCCAGGGGCAAGAUGCUGUCGGAAAUCAUGGAGAAGGGGCAGCUGGUGCCACUGGAGACAGUGUUGGACAUGCUCCGAGAUGCCAUGGUGGCCAAGGUAGAUACUUCCAAAGGCUUCCUGAUCGAUGGCUACCCUCGGGAGGUACAGCAGGGAGAGGAAUUUGAGCGGAGGAUCGGACAGCCCACGCUGCUGCUGUAUGUGGACGCAGGCCCUGAGACCAUGACCCAGCGGCUCCUGAAGCGCGGAGAGACCAGCGGGCGAGUGGACGACAAUGAGGAGACCAUCAAGAAACGGCUGGAGACCUACUACAAGGCCACGGAACCGGUCAUUGCUUUUUAUGAGAAACGUGGCAUCGUUCGUAAGGUCAACGCCGAAGGCUCCGUGGACAGUGUCUUCACCCAAGUCUGCACCCACCUGGAUGCCCUCAAGUAGCUGCACGGGAGUCCCUUCCCCAGCCGCGCCCCGCCCCACCCCUGUCCUGACUGAGGCUGUCCUGGCCUGAGCUCAGCGCCUCCACCCUGCCCGGCUGGAGCACAGACAGAGGAAGCCACUUUAUCCUGUUUUCAUGGACAGCCAAGCACUAAAGGAAUUUCCAAGGACAUUUGGUUUUAUUCCUUUUUCUUUGCUUUCACUGGAGUUGAUCCAUGUGGUAUGGCCUCUCCUAGCCCCUCACCCUCCCCGUCCUCUUCAGGCCCUUCAGCCCUCCUUGGCCAGCUGCUCUCCCCUAGUACCACGGGAAAACCCAGGGCCCUUCCUCACCCAGGGCAUGCUGGGCCUGGGGGUCCAGAGUGACUGAAGCAGGAUCCUUUUCUCCGGGACUGAUGGUCAGACGCAGCUGAGCCCCGACCUGAGUUCCUCCGAAUCCUUGCUGGGUGGGCUUGGCCCUGACCCCUCAUGUCUCUGAGCAUGUUUUCUGUGCUUCACGCCACUGGGGCCUGUGUGCGGCUGGCGGCGAGGUCAUGGGCUGUGAGGGGCUGCCUGGGCAGCAGGGAUGGCGCAUGUCAGGGGUCUGGGUGGGUGGCGAAUUGGCUUCCCAGGUACAAAAAGUCUAAGCGUCCAAAGAGGGCAUCGAGAAUGAAUGGUCAGCAGUAUCUCCCUGAGGAGGUGAGACGUGGAGGACCUCCCACCGUAUGUCCCUGGACAGGUCACCACCUGCCCUUUCUGAGCCCAUUUCCAAAUCUGAGUUAGGGUCCAUGCCCCCUGCUCCCCCCACCCCUCAAGUGAGGACGAGAACGCACUGAACAGGGGUGUGGGCUGGCAGUCACCGCGGCUGUGGGAGCCGAGACCAGAGCAGCCUUGGAGAUGAGCAGGGCUGGGGUCCUUUGGGGAGGGCACCCCAGAAUCCCCCGGGGGGAGGAAACAUCUUUCCUUUCCUGUUCUUUCACUCUGGGACCUCAUCACCGAGAAAGGCUCAACUUGGUGCUCACGUAUCCUUAACACCUGUCCCAGCCCAGCUGACUCCCGUUAGAGCCAAGCGGGCCUCCAGCGGGCCACAUGUGACUGGAACGAGAUCCACGAGGGGCUGAUUGUGCCCGUGCUGUGGCCCCUUUCAUUUAUGGCAAGUGUGGCUGGUUUUCCAUCUACAUUAUUUACAUUUUCCUUUAAAAUAAACAUAUUUAAGUUAUAGAA